AUGAGCAACAAAUUUCUAGGCACCUGGAAACUUGUCUCCAGUGAGCAUUUUGAUGACUACAUGAAAGCUCUGGGUGUGGGGUUAGCCAACAGAAAACUGGGAAAUUUGGCCAAGCCCACUGUGGUCAUCAGCAAGAAGGGGGAUUAUAUGACGAUAAGAACAGAAAGCGCCUUCAAAAACACAGAGAUCUCCUUCAAGCUGGGCCAGGAGUUUGAAGAAACCACAGCCGACAACAGAAAAACCAAGAGCAUCGUGACGCUGGAGAGGGGAGCCCUGCGACAAGUGCAGAGAUGGGACGGUAAAGAGACAACCAUAAAGAGGAAGCUGCUGGACGGGAAAAUGGUCGUGGAAUGCAUGGUGAAGGGUGUGGUCUGCACCAGAAUUUAUGAGAAGGUCUGAGAAAAUCGCUGCAUCAUUCAACUGGUGCUUCCCCACCUAAGACUGGCAAUCAUUCAGAGAGACCCGAGGACCCUGCAGCUGACUUGUCUGGUUUUGCAUUUGUCCUGAUAUGUUCUGUAGGUAAAUGUUUAAGUUGAGAAUUAACCUAAAUUUGUUAAUUUAGACAUUUUCCGUUUCAUCCGUGUCUUACUAUGUUAAUCCUUCUAUAUUGACCAGACACAAAUAGCCCAUGAAAAUCACUGUCUGCUAAGUGACAGCCUA